GAGCUGGCUAGCUGAAGGUACUAGGAAUUCUGCAGUAGGUUACACAAAUCCAAGUCCAUCUGUGGUUGUUAACGGACUGUAAAACGCAUUAUUGAGGCGGCGAGCCCUUGAUAGAGCGUCUACAUGAUAAGUAUGUGGAAAGUCAGGGAACUGGUGGAUAAAGCCACUAACGUGGUGAUGAACUACUCUGAAAUCGAGUCCAAGGUGCGGGAGGCUACCAACGACGACCCCUGGGGUCCCUCUGGACAGCUCAUGGGAGAGAUUGCCAAGUCCACGUUCAUGUACGAGCAGUUCCCCGAGGUCAUGAACAUGCUGUGGACCAGGAUGCUGAAAGACAACAAGAAGAACUGGAGAAGAGUUUACAAGGCCUUGCUGCUGCUCGCUUACCUCAUCAGGAACGGAUCGGAACGGGUCGUCACCAGCGCCAGGGAACACAUCUAUGACCUUCGCGCCUUGGAAAACUACCAUUUUCUUGACGAGAACGCCAGGGACCAGGGUGUCAACGUGCGUCAGAAGGUGAAGGAGAUGGUGGAGUUCGUCCAGGAUGAUGACCGGCUCCGGGAGGAGAGGAAGAAGGCCAAGAAGAACAAGGACAAAUACAUUGGCGUCUCCUCAGAGAGCACAGGAGGCAUGGGUGGAGGAGGAUUCACCGUGGCCAGCCCAGGGGAAAUGUUUGACUCUGAACCCAAAGGGAAAUGGGAUGAGGACUGGGACAAGAACAAGGGAGUCUUCCCCUUCAGUGAGAAGCUGGGCGAGAUCAGCGACAAGAUCGGCAGCACCAUCGACGACACCAUCAACAAGUUCCGUAAGAAGGAGAGGGAUGAGUCGCCGGACAGGACCAGUGACACAGAGGAGGAGAAGGUAUCGCAUAACGGACAGACGCUGCCUGGGAAGCUGUCGGGGGUGGAGUUCAGAGACGAGGAGGAGGAGACCGUAACGACGAAGAGCAUCCAGAUCACCCAGGCAACGGAGACCACCACCACCACCACACGCAAACGGGGCGGCUUCCCCUCCAAAACCGUGGACCUGGGGGCCGCUGCCCACUACACCGGGAACGGGGGCGGACCGGGCACAGACAAGACCCUGGUCGGCCAGUCGUCCAGCAGUGGCCUUGCAGAUCUUCUGUUGGUGGACUCUGGUUCCAGGCAUACAGCUCCAGUGGGUGGAAGUCCAGACCUCAUCGAUGGAUUUGCAGACUUCUCCUCCCCUGCUGCCUCUGCCAGCCUGCCUUCAUUAAGCGGGGUCAAUGGAAACGGGGAGUUUGGGGACUGGAAGGCCUUCUCCAGUCCACCGGCCACAACUCCUCCAACUCGGCCAAUCCCAGACCUGUUUGGUAGCGUCCCGCCCCUCCCUGGCUCCUCCUCCUCAACCGCCCCACCCUCAGCUGACCUCUUUGACCUGAUAGGCUCCAAUCACACCUCCCUGAGCGCCUCGCAAAGCCUGACGUUCUCCAUGUGUGGCACCCAAAGUAUGGGGGUCACCAAUACCAUUCUACCGGUCUCCCGGUCACAGAACUUUGGGCCGGCGCCAGGGGGCUUAUCGCCGCAGCGCAUGGGGCAUCAGAAGCCCUCCCUCCCCGCCACGUGGUCGGACCCCAGCGUCAACAUCAACCUGGACUUCCUGUCUCCUGGCAUGCAGACGACCAACUGCAAACCCAGCCUGAACAACAUGUUACAGCAAGAUCCCUCGCUCUCAGGAGUCCAGCCGUCCAUCAACCUGGCGCAGAGUUUCGGAGGCCUGAAUCUGAAUAUCCAGCCCACAGCCGUGCCCGUCAGACCCACAAACCCCCUGAUGUCUGCCACAGCCACGCCCCUCAGACCCACAAACCCCCUGAUGUCUGCCAACACUACUGGCUUAGGGGUGCCUCCAAGUAUGGCUACAGGUACCAUGGGGAUGGGUACCAUGGGAAUGGUUGGCAUGCCUAUCAACCAGGGAAUUAUGGGAAUGAACAUGGGCGUGGCCCCUGUUGGCAUGGGCCUGCAAGGAACCCUGGGUAUUCCUGGAAUGGGAAUAGGGCAGCCUAUGGUCAAUGCAGCCAUGAUGCAACCCAAACAAGAUGUCUUUGCAAACUUCGGGAACUUUGGGAAAUGAGGGAGCAAGAGGAUUUGUGUGGAAGUGUAUCGAUGAAAAUGACAUUCUGUACAUGGUUGAAGGCAUAUACGUUAUAUCAUUUAAAUAGAAAGGUACCACCACCAGGUAAAACCUUCAGAACAUGUUAAGUGUUACUUUGUUCGAUCUUUUGUACUUUCAUGUUGUCAUUUAUCAGUUUCAAACCUGACAGAAGGAAGUUCAGGAAUUACCUCACUUAUUGACCAUACAUCAUUCCUGGACUGAACAGUAGCAACAACAUUUCUAAAUAUAUUUUUGGAGCGCAUAAAAUUAAUUGUCAUUGAAGACGUCUUGGAGAGCAUAAAGGACAGACUGCAUUUAUACAAGAAGCCCUUUUCUGAUAUUUUUCCCCUCUAUUUUGUAAUUUAACCAAUGACAUCUGUUCACAUUUGAUCUUUUUCAUAGCUGAUCUGAUUAGUCAAACCCCAAUGAGUAAAAAAAUAUCAGAAUUGGGGCGCCUGUGUUAACGCAGCCAAAUGAGUACAUCGAGUCCUUAAAUUAUUUUGUAUUGUUGUGCUACAUUUAAGUGUAAAAUCACAGUCUGUUAUUGGUGCAUGUUUUAGCUGAACUAGUUUCCAUGGGAUCUUCUGCCUGCUGGGGCGUCUUGGAGGGUGAAUGAUCAGAAUCAACCUUAACGUGAUGAGUUAGCGAAGAGCUAAACCGUUAGCAUGUGUUUGUGGCGAUUCGUGGCACACUAUUCCCUAGGUAGGGCACUAAAAGGGGAAUAGUGGUCCACUUGGCCCCUCUUCCAUCUCAGUGUUAUCGUGCUCUGAGUUGGUGUUCCUGCUGUUGGCCGACACCCGGAUGAAUCCGUAUUUGCUUGAGUUCCUUGAUUGGCACGUUUUUUUCCCCCGGCACAUUCGUGAUACUACGACCCAGGUCUGCCACACUCUGGAGUGUGUAGGCAUCGGAUCAUUGGUGUUACGUGUGCCAUAGAAGGGAAGGUCUGAUGGGCCGGCGGUUACGAGGAGACUGUAGGGAGGGGACUAGUGACUGACAAUGGGUCAAGCUGUCUGGCACCCUGCUUGGCCGCCUGGGUCGGCUGAGAGGGACAGACGACACACACAGAUUGGUUCUACUGUGAAGGCCGGUCCCCGGCUGAUCUACUGUGAAGGCCGGUCCCAGGCUGAUCUACUGUGAAGACAUUUCCAAAGGGUGCUGCUGUCUUGCAUCUCUCUAAAUGUGAAGGUUGUUUCAAAGGUUGCUUUUCGUUGUGUGCAUGUGCGUGCGUGCGUGCGUGUGUGCGUGUAUUUUGCGUGCUUCUCUCCGUUGGCUGCUGUGCACAGACGCUUUGUCAUAUUGAGGCAUUAUGUUCCACAUGACCAAAUCUUUAUUUUAUUAUUCCUGAGAUUAUUCCAUAGUGUUAGUUGAAUGUUUUAAUACUUUACAUUAUACAGACUGUAAUAUGUUCAAUUAUGUUGUAUCAAUGGGAGAGUUAAUAAAACCAUUAUUAGUUUAUGCAAAUGUGGGGGGGGGGGGUCUCAAACUACUUUAUUUUCAGUACAUCUUAUUUUUAAUUGUACUAAACAGUAUUUUAUGUAUUCCAUGAAAAGAUUCAUUAAAUCAUGAGUAAAAGGGCA